AUGGGAAGAGGGCGAGGGCGAGAGCGGCCGCCGAAGAACACGGUGCCUCCGCCAACAAAAUCCCCACUAAUGUCACCUCCAAAACAACAAUCAGAACUGAGAAGCCAUCAAGAAAGCAGCAAUGCGGUUCCUAAGAGAUCUGAGACUGGAAAACCUAUUCAUGAAGGAGCCUCUGAGGAAGGUCGCAAACUAUGGGUAGAUGUGCUAAAGGAUAAUAGAAAUCCGACGAAGGACAGAGCGAUGAAAUUCAUCGCACCCCAAGUCGUGAAUGGGAAACUUGAAGUUGUAAUUGAAGAAGAUGAUAUUAUCUCUGAAGUCAAAUUUUGGGAAUCCUCUUUGAUUCUUUACGCAAUGGGAGUUGACCUAAGCAUGAAUGUGGUUAAGAAUUUCAUGACCAAGAAUUGGAACUUUGUUCAAUUUUCGGAUAUGUAUUACAAUGAUGAAGGUUAUUUUAUCCUUCGAUUCAAGUCAUUCAAGGACCGAGAUAAAGUUUUGCUGAGAGGACCAUACAUGAUAAGAAACAUCCCUCUGCCGAUUCGUGAAUGGAGGCCAGGUUUCAAGGUCAAAGAUGAACUUCUGCGAACUCUACCUAUUUGGGUGAAACUGCCUCAACUACCCAUCAUUCUGUGGGGUGAUACAAGUUUAAACAAGAUAGGAAGCGCUCUUGGAAACCCCAUCAUGACAGAUGAAUGUACGACAAACAGACUCCGAGUAUCCUAUGCGCGAAUACUUGUGGAAAUGGAUAUUACAAAAGAACUUCCACAAACAAUUACCAUUGGUGAUAAUGAAGGAGAAAAGAUCCAACAAGCUAUUGAGUAUGAAUGGAGACCCCUAUUCUGCAGUAAUUGUCAAAAGGUUGGCCAUAGUUGUGACAAACCUAAAGUGACACAACAAUGGAAACCUAAACCUGCACCACAACAUACAGGUAAUGUGAAAACUGUGAUGGACAACACCAUUGAAAGAAUUCCUAGGACUGUAGGAAACAACAACACUGCAGGUAACAAGGUUAUUACUGAUAUUGCUAGUUCCCCUGUUGUGGUUAACACUGUUAAGGGUAAUACCUUAGCUGAGAUUUCCACUGACCUGGUUAGUAAGGCUGCUGAUCCACCUCCAGAAAAUGAAGUUAACCUAAUUGAGCAGGUUGAGGCAGUUAUGGAAAAAUGGAUAAAAGUUAUAAGAAGUGGUAAGGAAAGAGGCAAACAAAAAUUUAACCCCAACAGUGUAAACAAGAUUGUUCGUGAUAAUGGAUUUGAGGCUCUUGAGAUUUCGAAGGAUCUUAUAGAGUCUCAAAAUACUGGCCAAUGA